AUGGCCAUACCAAACCCACAAACCACCACUGGAAACAUCAAACACUUCAUCUUUUCCGCUUUACCGAGUUCUUUCUCCAACCGACCAACGUCUACUCUCAGAUCUGAUAUGCCUUUGGUCAUGUCACUCAUCACCGAUUUCAUAUCUUCUACCUCUUCCACCAAGCACUCGUCCGCCCAUUUGAAUAAAUUAUACACAUCCUCACAUCAUCAAGAAGAAGCCGAUGCGGAUGAUGCUCCUUCUUUCUCAUUUGACUAUUGUUUUCAGGCUGAGGUCACUGCUUCGAAUCUAAAAGAAGACAAACUUUAUCUUCCUGAGGGAGCUACGACUUGUACUGCUUUGAACAAACAAUGCCAAGAGAUAAUACUUGUCAACAAAGAGGGAAAUUCAUGGACUGUGAGUUUGCGAUUUAGCGAAGCAGACGGCAUGUUAAUCAUCAGAAGAGGCUGGAGAAAGUUCUGUCGUGCUAACAGAUGCGCCAUAGGAGACUUAUUUGUGUUCAAUGUGGUUGGAGAUGGGAAAACUACUCCACUAAUGUGUGUAUGUCCGGAAAGGGAAGAGUGAUUUUGAACCUAAACUUAUGUAUGUCGAACCAGAAAUUUAUGUAUGUCUCUUUUUAUG